AUGGGGACUGUUCUUCCAAAACGAGUGCACAUCUUUAAGUUCAGGCUCAAAAUCCCAGAGGGGAGGAUGCCUUCGUCCUUCAAGGGAAAACAUGGAAAUAUUGUCUACACCUUUGAAGCCAAGAUAUCUAGGAGCUGGCGACUGCCUUCGAAAGUACUAAAAGAGAUCAACUUUGUGUCAAAGUCCUGUCCACACACUCCUCAAAUUAUGUGUCCACAGUCCAGUUCAGUGCAUAAAAAGAUGAGUGGUCUCUCCAAGGGACAGGUCCAGAUCUGUGCUACCAUUAACAGAGGAGUUUGUUCUCCAGGUGAAACCUUAUCUGUUGUUGCCAAAAUCUGCAACUCCUCUUCCAGGAACACAAGGCUCAAAUUCAAACUUCAGCAGGUAACGAUGUACAGUUGCCAGGACAACACUAAUAGCAGCAAGGAAACGCUGUUCAAAAUGGUCGGAGACACUAUCCGUCCAAACUCAGAGCAAACUGCCUCCUGCCAGCUGAAAGUUCCCAGCGAUGCCAUUCCCACCCUCCAUAACUGUGAAAUCAUCUCAGUUGAAUAUUACAUAAAGGUGUAUCUGGACAUUAGUUUUGCCCUUGACCCAGAGGUGGUGUUUCCACUGGUCAUCCUUCCUUCUAAAUUUGCUCCAACUCAGAGUCGUGAGGCUGUGGGGCCUGAGACAGUUGAGCCUCCAGCUUACAGCGAGUUCACAUCCUCUACUCUCACCACUGGAUUGGAUCCUAUACUCACAGAGGAGUAG